AUGGCUCCAAACCAAGUCGAGGCGGCAUGUGCCCCCGACUCCAAAAUCAACCAUGCCGCUUCCAUCAACUACUGGAGCAGUCUUCCAAGCACCGAGAGUAAUAUGCUCGGCAUGCUCGGCACCUAUCCCUGGUAUACUCGCAUUGAGCUGCAAGGGUCGAAGAACUUUCUCUCCAAGGUUCGUCGGCUAGUCCCGGCCAUCACCGGUAAAUUCAGUCGAGGCGUCGACUGUGGCGCAGGUGUCGGCCGCGUGACGGAGGGUUUCCUCCGCCACGUCUGUGAAGUUGUCGAUGCGGUAGAGCCUGUGGAAAAAUUCACCAAGGUUUUGGAGGAGGGCAAGUUGAAAGAAGAGGGCGUUAUCGGGGAUGUUUACACUGUCGGUCUGGAGAAUUGGUUCCCGGCGAAGAAGUACGAUCUGAUUUGGACCCAGUGGUGUGUGGGUCAUUGUACGGAUUCUCAAUUGAUUGACUACAUCGCAAGAUGCCGUGAUGCUUUGACUGAGAAUGGUGUCAUGGUGAUCAAGGAGAAUCUGUCUACCGAUCCGCAGGGCCAGGAUAUGUUUGACGACGAGGACAGCAGCGUCACGAGGACGGAUGCGAAGUUCAAGCACAUCUUUGACGCCGCCGGGAUGGAUGUGAUCAAGUCUGAGAUCCAGACUGGCUUCCCUAAGAAUUUCAAACUUCUACCGGUCAAGUCAUAUGCGUUACGACCAAAGGUUUGA